AUGGCAACGGGGGGGGUUCUUCCCCAGCUCGGCAGUGGCCCGGCAAAACGCGGCGGCGGCUUGGUGAAGGGCCGCGGCGCCGGCACGACGACGGGCGGCGGCGACAACACUUGUCCACCGGCGCCUCCCCCAGAUGGCCUGGACGCAUCUCACCUCCCGCUGCCAUCUCCGUCGGGCUACCGCGCCCACCGUCGGCUGAGGCCCACGCGCCCCGCCGCCUGCUCCACCACCGCAGGUCCGGCGGAUCCUCCACCCCCGACUCUACUCCGUCGCCGCUGCGUCCUUGGGGUCUCACACGCGGCUGCUUGGCGACUGGCAGCGCUUGGGGGCCGCGAGGAGGUGGCUUGCCAGCGGCGCCGCGGGAGGUGGCUCGCCAGCGAUGCCUCUGCUGCGCCUAUGCCGGCGCCAGUGGGGGAGGUGGCUGAGCUGGUGGAGGUGCCGCUGGCGCAGACUGGUGGGGAAGGCAUCGCCGAGUGCGAGCUGCUGCGCUGAUUCGUCGCCGAGGUGCUAUUCGUUUUGCAGGGUGACCAAGUAGAUGAAUUCCAGCCACUCUGUGAAGGACAGAGCGACAAAGCAACUAUCGACAUGUUUCAGUUUUGCUUGCUGACUUGCUAUUGUCUCACCGGAGGAAAGGACCUAUUAUGUUCAGGGUGAAAGUUUUUGUUAGUUGCUGCCUCUAAACAAUAUUAUACUGAGAUGUUUCAGUUAGAAUUGUAGUGCCUAAAUUCCAGAGCUCGUAGAACAAUACUGAGAUGUUUCUAUAUGAAUUCAAGUCUGAAUGUUUCAAUUCCAUUCAAGUGUGAGUAUUGAUAUCCGUGUGUGAAAGCU